GACGUGUUCUGUGCUUCAUCAGAGCCCCGAGCGACUCCAACGGCAAACCCAUCGAACAGCUGUACAGAGAUGACAAAUAUAAAGACAUCCUGCUGGACUUAGAGCGCUCCACCAAUCAGAGCAAAGAGAUCCAGGAGUGGUGGAUUGUGGACCAACCAUCUGAGAGUCUGGUACCAGUUGGGGGAGGAGUCUCCCUGAUUGACAAGAGGGAGGCGGGGCUUCAGUUGUUUGUGUUCAGUGAUAAAGUCAGUCCUCCGAGUCUGGGCUUCCUGGCUGGAUACGGCAUCAUGGGAUUGUACGCCUCGGUGGUGUUGGUGAUCGGGAAGUUUGUCAGAGAGUUCUUCAGCGGGAUCAGCCACUCCAUCAUGUUCGAGGAGCUGCCCUGUGUGGACCGCAUCCUCAAACUCUGCACCGAUAUCUUCCUGGUGAGAGAGACAGGUGAGCUGGAGCUGGAGGAGGAGCUUUAUGCCAAACUGAUCUUCCUGUAUCGAUCCCCUGAGACCCUGAUCAAGUGGACUCGCCGAUGACCUCAUCAGUCACCUGUCGGGCGUCAUGGAGUUAAAAAGAAUCAUCGAUGGAGAAGCAUGUUCAGACUCUUAUUUUGAAAGUUUCAAGUUAACGGCAAAGGAACGGCCAGGAGGCGGAGCUAACCUCAGUGUGGUCUGUUACUGAAACUGGUUUGUGUUUGGUUGUGGAUUAUGGAUUACGGAUUAUCAACACCUUCAGGGAAACGUAUCCUGGAAAACCUGGAAGUCUUCAUUACUCUGCUGCUUGUCAAGUUCUGGAGAACCUGGAAGGUUCCUGGAUGGUUCCUGGAUGGUUCCUGGAUGGUUCCUGGACGUUUGCUCGAAGCCGACCCUGCACACCUGUGUUUACCUUUUUUAUUUAUUGAUGUUUACAAACGAGGCUCAGCAAGCUUCAUGAAGGUUCAAGCAGAAAAUAGCUCCAUCCUAGCUCUACGUUAGCUUCUGGUUAGCUAAAGUAACUCUACGUUAGCUGUAGUUAGCUCUUUAUUAGCUGUAGUUAGCUCCUCUUUAUUAGCUGUAGUUAGCUCUUCAUUAGCUGUAGUUAGCUCCUCUUUAUUAGCUGUAGUUAGCUCUUUAUUAGCUGUAGUUAGCUCCUCUUUUUUAGCUGUAGUUAGCUCUUUAUUACCUUUAGUUAACUCUGUAUUAGCUGUAGUUAGCUCCUCUUUAUUAGCUGUAGUUAGCUCUGUAUUAGAUGUAGUUAGCUCCUCUUUGUUAGCUGUAGUUAGCUCUGUAUUAGCUGUAGUUAGCUUUGUAUUAGCUGUAGUUAGCUCCUCUGUAUUAGCUGUAGUUAGCUCUGUAUUAGCUGUAGUUAGCUCCUCUUUAUUAGCUGUAGUUAGCUCCUCUGUAUUAGCUGUAGUUAGCUCUGUAAUAGCUGUAGUUAGCUCCUCUGUAUUAGCUGUAGUUAGCUCUGUAUUAGCUGUAGUUAGCUCCUCUGUAUUAGCUGUAGUUAGCUCUGUAUUAGCUGUAGUUAGCUCCUCUGUAUUAGCUGUAGUUAGCUCCUCUGUAUUAGCUGUAGUUAGCUCUGUAUUAGCUGUAGUUAGCUCCUCUGUAUUAGCUUUAGUUAGCUCUGUGUGCGCGAGCGUUUGAACCAGUGUUACUGUGAAACCUUAGAAUACUAAUUCAUGUCAAUAAUCAAAAUACUGAAUUAUGCUAGUUAGCAUUGACUUAGCUCUCAGGCAAUGACACAGGUGAGAUGUGUGAUGACGCCCCGUCAGUCGACCUGGACUCUGACAUUGCACAGACACAAACACUCACAGCGCCCCCUGGUGUCAGUGAGGUGUACCUCAAUAUAAAGACGUGAGGACACGAGGAUUCUGAACCUUUAAAGAUAUUUAUCAUCCAGUUUGAUGACGUGAAAAUAAAAGACAUUUGUUUACCUGUC